CGGGGAUGAAGCCCGCCUGCUUUUUGUAGCUGCGGUGUUUGGGAAAGGAGGGCUGGCCGCUGUGUUGCUCCUGAGCCCCGCUUUAUCGCUACAUCGGGUUGCGGGGUCCCUCCGGCCGCACGGCGCUGCCCGGGGCGGGGCUCCUCGCGGGACCCGGGCACCUGCAGCCGCGCCUGGGCCGCCUCCUGCGAGCGGCAGCGCCCGUGUCCGUCGCCCUAUGGAACCCUAUGGAGACAGACCACCGCGAUGUGAUUGGGAAGCGCUGCAGCGAGCGAGCGCUUUAAAGAAGCGCUACCCGUGCGGGUGGUGCUGCAAAGUCGCUCCUCUUCUCCGUGGGAAAGCCCCAGAGGAAGCCCCCGGGGUUCACUGGGAGAAGCGAACCGAGGCCGGCUGCUGGCUUCCCUGCGGGCCGGAGGGAUGCGGGAUGGAAGCGGGCGGGUGCCUGCGGAAGGGCUGCGUUCCCCCUCUGCUCGCAGGGACGAGAUCAUCCUCACAGCGGGGUGCGGUGCGGAGCUGCUGCCGCCUGGUGAACGGGCCGAGGGUGAUCGGGGGCCUUGUUCUUGCUGUCGGGAUCUAUGCAGAAGUCGAAAGACAGAAGUACAAGACUCUAGAAAGUGCCUUCCUAGCCCCGGCCAUCAUUUUAAUCCUUCUGGGCAUUAUCAUGUUCUUAGUGUCCUUUGUGGGUGUGCUGGCUUCCUUGAGGGACAACCUCUGCCUUCUUCAAGCAUUCAUGUACAUCCUGGGUCUGUGCCUGAUGAUGGAGCUGGCAGGUGCUGUUGUGGCCUUGAUCUUCAGAAACCAGACGAUCAAGUUUCUGAAUGAUAACAUUAGAAGAGGAAUUGAGAAUUACUAUGAUGAUUUAGACUUCAAGAACAUCAUGGAUUCUGUUCAAAAGCGGUUUAAGUGUUGUGGUGGGGAAGACUAUACAGAUUGGUCAAAGAAUGUGUACCACGACUGUGCUGCUCCAGGACCUCUGGCCUGUGGAGUGCCUUACACGUGUUGUGUCCGGAACAAGACAGACAUUAUCAACACCAUGUGUGGAUACAAGACCAUUGACAAAGAGCGCUUGAGUAUCCAAGACGUCAUCUAUGUCCGUGGGUGCACCAAUGCAGUGCUCAUUUGGUUUCUGGACAACUACAGCAUCAUGGCUGGCGUUCUGCUGGGCAUCCUGCUCCCCCAGUUCCUGGGGGUGCUGCUGUCCUUGCUGUACAUCACACGGGUGGAAGACAUCAUAGCUGAGCACAAACUUGGUGAAAGCCUGUUCGGGGAGAUGCGGCAGCGCCCUGAUCCUGAUUUUUCCAAUGGAGGCUGCUGCAUGUGCUACCCAGGCUGACAGCAGGAACCUCCAGAGCCCGUCAGCUUGCGUGCUGGUUUGUGUUUCUGUGGCCAUUACGGACAUUGGGUGUGACUGAUCAACUCUAACUCUUCUUUGGUAUUUCUUUCCAAGCAGAAUACCAAAAGCAGAGUCUCUUCUUUACCCUGUGGUCUUAGUAUUUCUAACAUUUCCACUGCCUCUAGGUGUGUGUUGAGCUGUUGUGAGAUCCCUGGGUGCCAUGCUCAGGUUGCUCCUAGCUCCUUGGGAAGCAGACCAGGUAACCACCGUGCCUACACAGCUGUGGAAUCACCAUGUGUGCACCAUUCCACAUCGCCCUCCUCCCUCUGGAGAGGCCGCCCUCUCCAACCAAGAAGAAUGUUGGGGGCUGCCCACUGACCCCGAAGUGGGGUAAUGCUGGUGUCAUGGACUCACAGCAUGGCUUGGGUUGGAAGGAACCUUCUAAGUCCCUGUGCACCUUUGGGGCCUGACUGCAAGCAGGGCAGCCUUGCUAGCAAACGCAGCUGUUGGCUGUAUGCUGGAAGGUGAGGCUGGGGCUCUGUGUCCUGGGCAGCCUCUCUGUGCCUUUCCCAAUUUCAUUUCCUUACUGGUUGCAAAUCAGAGGAGAGAUUUCUUGCUGAUCUAAAGGGUGAAUAUUAAACACGUGUUUAAUGACUUUUUUAUGCUAAUCUCGAUGGAUUUACUGACAGUAAUGGAUGUGACACUGAACACUUCAUUGCUCGGUCCUUUGUGCCUUUUAAUGAUGGGGCAAAUGCCAAUGUUGGAUUAAUCAGGUAAUGCUCGAUAGACUUUUAAUGCGAUUUGUUACUGUCUGGCUUUUGUAUCAGUUUAUGAGAUGUUUGAGUCUUGUACGUACUGUAUUUUUCCUCAUUAGUAAAUUAAGUGUUAGAAGGAUUUGGGGGGAAUUAUCUAUGUUGAAAUGUUUCUGAAUUUGAUUCUUGUCAAAAUAAAUAUAUAUAUAUAUAUUUUUUUCCAAAAC